AUGGGCCAAUCUCUCUCUGUUCUCAGCCCAUGGAGCGAUGCAGCGUCGGCCCCAGAGCCCGAAUCAAAGCUAAUCCGUCUCGGAUUCCGAGAAAUGGCCCCUGGAAUGGAUCCUGUUGUCGAUAUUGUCGCGAUCCAUGGCCUGCAGGGACACAGAGACAAGACAUGGACGUCGGAUAAUGGGGUCUGUUGGCUGCGUGACCUCUUACCCUCCGACUUUCCCAACGCCCGAAUCCUAAGCUAUGGGUAUGAUGCCGACACCUAUAGUCGGGAAUGUGUAUCUACUCAGACAAUCGGUCGACAUGCCGAAGGGUUUAUCAAUGCGCUCUCAAGGAGACGGAAAGCCUGUCCUCGGCGUCCCAUUAUUUUCAUCGCACACGAUAUAGGAGGUAUCAUUCUCAAACGGGCGCUUGUUAUCUGUCAUAAUCAAAGCCUGAAAUCAAAAUGUCACCUCCGGGAUAUUCUAGUAUCCACGUGUGCAGUUCUGUUUUUUGGGACUCCACACUUUGGCGUCGAAAGCACUACCGCCCUCGAGGAACUCAAUUCCGAGUUGCCGCUUUACAUGAAAACGACAAACGCUAUUCUCAAAGAUCUUCGAUCCCAUUCGACAGAGCUCGAGACCAUACAGAAGGACUGGCUCGCUGCGAGCGAAAGGAUAAACAGCAUAUUCUUCUGCGAAGAUUAUACGGUAUCCAGUGUCGAAAAUGGAGGGGUGCUUAACGUCCCGCAUCCUCUGGCUGUGAUCCCCGGUGACCGCAGCGCAACGACAAUUCCUCUUCCUGCGGACCACUGUAAUCUGGUUCGAUUCUCAUCCAGAGAGGACGAAAACUAUCAAACAGUCCACUUUUAUCUCGAAGACUACGUCGACAAUGCGCAGGAGACGAUACGCGAGAAUUGGGAAAGAGAAGAUGAUUGUCGCAAUGCAGCAAAGGGAGAACCUACCCCCGAAAGGUUCAUGCAGCAGUCCAAGGCGAUCCUUAACAACUUCGACAAAUCUACCAUAUUACAACUUCCAUCGGUCGCAUUCGCUCCAUCCUCAGUCCACAAAGCCUGUCUACCAGGAACGCGCCAGGCUGUUCUUGAGACGAUCUCAGAUUGGGCAGAGAACGACACACCGAAUAAACCAAUAUUCUGGCUAUGCGACAUUGCAGGUGCCGGAAAAUCUACUGUCGCAAUGACUGCAAUGGAGUCAUGGGAGAAGAAGGGAGUCCUAGGUGGCCGAUUCUUCUUCUCCAUGUCGAGUAACGACGCAUCUACCACCGAGAAACUGUGCUCGACCAUUGCAAGAGACCUUGUUCAAUACAUCCCCGAGCUCGCACCGCACGUUUCUCAGGCCGUCACGCAAAAUCCCUCUAUCAUGCGAGGAUCCCUUGACGAGCAGUUUCAAACACUUGUCACUGGUCCGCUCCAACACCGACAAGAACGCGUGAUUCUAGUCAUUGACGCAGUAGACGAAUGUACGUCUGCAUCACAGCGCAAAAAACUCCUCGAGACUCUGUCCACGGCCGUCCAAGGAUGCAAGAAUCUCAGGAUAUUCAUGACUAGUCGUCCAGACCCAGUCAUCGAAACCGUUCUGGGAUCGCUCUCGAUCAAAUCAAAGUUGGAGGACCGUCUUCACAGCGUCCGUCAUCGCGAUAAUAUCGAUGACAUCGCGAUCUAUGUGGGCCAAACACUGGAUGGUGUUCUAUCAAAGGACAAGAUACAACGACUGGUUGAAAAAGCCAACGGGCUAUUCAUUUGGGCGAGCACUGCUUGCCGAAUGCUCACAGAUGAAGCCACUCUCAACUCCCCCGACAGUCUAUAUGACCGCUUGAUCUCUCUGGAUCAACGUGGAGCUAUAGACAAGGUAUAUGACCUGAUCUUCGAGCGAAUAGAUGAGGAAUCUCAUCCAGUGUUGUGUCAAAUGCUCGCUUUACUUCUCGUAGCAUUCGAGCCACUCACGAUCGACGACAUGGAGGACCUGAUAAAGCAUCUACGAGUCCCUGGAACCGUCAAGGGCUUGCUCAACAACUUGGGAAGCGUACUCAGUACAGAGCCAAGUACAAAUUUGAUCCAAUUUCGUCAUCUUACCCUCGUCGAGUAUCUUCAACGGUGCUCUGGUUCCCCAGCCGGCGGAAGCCAUAGGAGAAUCUAUCUUGACGUCAUCAAUGCGCAUGGUCAAGUUGCUUCGUGGUGUCUUCAACACCUCAAGUCGCGGACCGAUGGUCUCAAGUUCAACAUAUGUCAACUCGAGUCAUCUUUCUACCUCAACAAGCAGAUCCCGGAUCUUGAUGAGAAACUAUCCAAAUUUAUUCCAAGAAGACUUCGAUAUGCCAGCUCGCAUUGGUUGUUCCAUGUGUCGGGAAUGGACGACAAGAAGCCGUGCCCACUCGAGAACGAUGUUGGGUACAUUCUUCGAAGUCCACAGGUGCUAUAUUGGAUGGAGGUUCUCAGCUUCAUGAGAAGCGUGCCACGAGCCAUCGACGGUCUGCGCGUGCUCUCAGAUAACAUGGCACUCGGAGAAAAGAUAAGAUGGCGGAUCAAUGAUACCCUGAGGUGUUUGAUAGCGUUUUUGGUGCCAAUUCAGGACAGCGCUCCACAUAUUUACAUCUCAGCGCUUCCGUUUACGCCUACAGAGUCUAUUCUACGGAUUGAAGGUCUAAGGGAGCAUAGUGAGACGUUGAGGGUGACUGAAGGCCACGAGGAGGUGUAUCCUGGGUUCCCUGCCAGUUUGCGAGGCCACAGUAACUCGGUCACCACCGUCGCAUUCUCGCCAGACGGCUCACGAAUCAUCUCUGGCUCGGACGACGAGACAAUUCGACUUUGGGACGCAAAGACUGGUGGGCCAGUAGGAGAGCCGCUCCGAGGCCACAGCGACUCGGUCCGGGCCGUCGCAUUCUCGCCAGACGGCUCACGAAUCGUCUCUGGCUCUUGGGACGAGACAAUUCGACUUUGGGACGCAAAGACUGGUGAGCCGGUAGGAGACCCACUCCGAGGCCACAGCGACUCGGUCUUGGCCGUCGCAUUCUCGCCAGACGGCUCACGAAUCGUCUCUGGCUCUUUGGGACCAGACAAUUCGACUUUGGGACGCAAAGACUGGCCACAGCACUCGGUCACCGCCGUCGCAUUCUCGCCAGACGGCUCACGAAUCGUCUCUGGCUCUGACGACCAGACAAUUCGACUUUGGGACGCAAAGACUGCAGACUCGGUCACCGCCGUCGCAUUCUCGCCAGACGGCUCACGAAUCGUCUCUGGCUCUUGGGACCAGACAAUUCGACUUUGGGACGCAAAGACUGGUGAGCCGGUAGGAGACCCACUCCGAGGCCACAGCAGCUCGGUCACCGCCGUCGCAUUCUCGCCAGACGGCUCACGAAUCGUCUCUGGCUCUGACGACCAGACAAUUCGACUUUGGGACGCAAAGACUGGUGAGCCGGUAGGAGACCCACUCCGGGGCCACAGCAACUCGGUCACCGCCGUCGCAUUCUCGCCAGACGGCUCACGAAUCGUCUCUGGCUCGAGGGACAGACAAUUCGACUUUGGGACGCAAAGACUGGUGAGCCGCAACUGGGUCAACGCCGUCGCAUUCUCGCCAGACGGCUCACGAAUCGUCUCUGGCUCGAGGGACGAGACAAUUCGACUUUGGGACGCAAAGACUGGUGAGCCGGUAGGAGACCCACUCCGGGGCCACAGCGAUUCGGUCCAGGCCGUCGCAUUCUCGCCAGACGGCUCACGAAUCGUCUCUGGCUCGAGGGACGAGACAAUUCGACUUUGGGACGCAAAGACUGGUGAGCCGGUAGGAGACCCACUCCGGGGCCACAGCGACUCGGUCAGCGCCGUCGCAUUCUCGCCAGACGGCUCACGAAUCGUCUCUGGCUCUGACGACAAGACAAUUCGACUUUGGGACGCAAAGACUGGUGAGCCGGUAGGAGACCCACUCCGUGGCCACAGCGACUCGGUCAGCGCCGUCGCAUUCUCGCCAGACGGCUCACGAAUCGUCUCUGGCUCUGACGACCAGACAAUUCGACUUUGGGACGCAAAGACUGGUGAGCCGGUAGGAGACCCACUCCGGGGCCACAGCGACUCGGUCCAGGCCGUCGCAUUCUCGCCAGACGGCUCACGAAUCGUCUCUGGCUCUUGGGACGAGACAAUUCGACUUUGGGACGCAAAGACUGGUGAGCCGGUAGGAGACCCACUCCGGGACCACAGCGAUUCGGUCCAGGCCGUCGCAUUCUCGCCAGACGGCUCACGAAUCGUCUCUGGCUCGAGGGACGAGACAAUUCGACUUUGGGACGCAAAGACUGGUGAGCCGGUAGGAGACCCACUCCGGGGCCACAGCGGCUGGGUCCGGGCCGUCGCAUUCUCGCCAGACGGCUCACGAAUCGUCUCUGGCUCUGACGACCAGACAAUUCGACUUUGGGACGCAAAGACUGGUGAGCCGGUAGGAGACCCACUCCGGGGCCACAGCAACUGGGUCAACGCCGUCGCAUUCUCGCCAGACGGCUCACGAAUCGUCUCUGGCUCUGACGACCAGACAAUUCGACUUUGGGACGCAAAGACUGGUGAGCCGGUAGGAGACCCACUCCGGGGCCACAGCGAUUCGGUCCAGGCCGUCGCAUUCUCGCCAGACGGCUCACGAAUCGUCUCUGGCUCGAGGGACCAGACAAUUCGACUUUGGGACGCAAAGACUGGUGAGCCGGUAGGAGACCCACUCCGGGGCCACAGCGAUUCGGUCCAGGCCGUCGCAUUCUCGCCAGACGGCUCACGAAUCGUCUCUGGCUCUUGGGACGAGACAAUUCGACUUUGGGACGCAAAGACUGGUGAGCCGGUAGGAGACCCACUCCGGGGCCACAGCGAUUCGGUCCAGGCCGUCGCAUUCUCGCCAGACGGCUCACGAAUCGUCUCUGGCUCUUGGGACGAGACAAUUCGACUUUGGGACGCAAAGACUGGUGAGCCGGUAGGAGACCCACUCCGCGGCCACAGCGAUUCGGUCCAGGCCGUCGCAUUCUCGCCAGACGGCUCACGAAUCGUCUCUGGCUCUGACGACCAGACAAUUCGACUUUGGGACGCAAAGACUGGUGAGCCGGUAGGAGACCCACUCCGGGGCCACAGCAACUCGGUCACCGCCGUCGCAUUCUCGCCAGACGGCUCACGAAUCGUCUCUGGCUCUUGGGACCAGACAAUUCGACUUUGGGACGCAAAGACUGGUGAGCCGGUAGGAGACGCACUCCGGGGCCACAGCAACUUGGUCACCGCCGUCGCAUUCUCGCCAGACGGCUCACGAAUCGUCUCUGGCUCUUGGGACGAGACAAUUCGACUUUGGGACGCAAAGACUGCAACUGGGUCAAGCGCCGUCGCAUUCUCGACAGACGGCUCACGAAUCGUCUCUGGCUCUUACGACCAGACAAUUCGACUUUGGGACGCAAAGAGUGGUGAACCGGUAGGAGACCCACUCCGAGGCCACAGCGACUUGGUCACCGCUGUCGCAAUCUCUCAAGGCGGCUCUCAAUUAGUCUCUGGUUCUCAAGACAACACCAUUCGCCUUUGGGAUACGGAUAUUGUUCUGCCGUCGAAGCAUUUAUUCCAACAUCGUGUCGAUCAGGACAAUGCUACGGCGUCUUUGCCGGAGAAUUUAGCAAUCAUAUCUGGCUCAACGACUGACAUGGGUCCAGUCUCUCCAGAAGCAUUUGGUGGUGCAGACAGCCGCUCUCAAGAGACAGAGGGAACUCCCCGACCCUCGGAUAUCCCCCAGGAAAUGGACGGGAUUCCUUUAAGCACUCUUAUUCCUGGCUUCAAACAGUGCUCACUUUUGCACGAUGGCUGGGUUCAAUCUUCUGAUAACGGAAUGCCAGCAGCGAGUACGAGCGUGAAUGACCUGUCGACGUCAGGAGUAUCCGUCUUGAGCCUGUCCCAGGUGAUUGAUUCACUGGAAAAUGUGGUGGAAAAUGCAAAGAUCAGUGGAGAUCUCAAAUCGUACGAGAGUUUUGUUGAAGACGCCGUCGAUGCGGGUAUAAAAUAUCAAAUCCGUCUAUGCCCCGCGCUCGCCCCAAUGCACAAAGAACGCGCACCGACUCCCAAUAUCGCGCCAGAUGCGUCAAAUAUUACGGCUGCCGUUCAAACGACCACGCAGACUGAUCCGUUCUUGCCGCACUUCAACUCACUGCGCGUUGGUGAACUACGAGAUGGAGUCGAAGAGGAUAGCAGCGAGGGAUACAAUGUUCUGCUGAACAAGUUUGGGCUCAUCAAAGGUCACUUUUUACUCGUUACCAAAGGUGCAUCGAUUGCGGUUUACGUAUAG